AUGGUUGAUCUAUCUUCCGAGCCUAACAGCAAAGUCUUGCGUCGUGACCUCCGUCGUCUACAAGACAGACUGAACUCGACCUUGAACAAAGCUAUCACGCACAGCAAAAAGUCACACGCCAGAAAGCUUUCCCUUUCAUCGACCAGCAACUUCUCGCAGUUGGCCCUUGACGGAGAUACUACAAGCGAGGCUACAGCUGCAACGCUUCGCGGCCUCAUAGCACCUACAAGCACGAUUAAGAACGACCAUCAGCGACAGUACCAUGCCCAGCAGGGCAAAAGCCCUCAACGCAUUCCACGUCACCAUGUUUGCUCUGGAUGCGGCAACGUUCGCUCACAGCAAUUCCACAAGCGCUGGCCCCUCAACAGCUCAAGGAAGUCAUACAAGAUCAGCUACUGCGAGAGUUGCCGAGAAGAGAUGUACAAUCGGGGUAUUGUUCAGAAAUACCACUUCUGUUUUAACUGCGGAGCUGCGAGGUCAAUGGCAUUUCAUAAUCGCCAUCCAGUACUGCCAGGCGAGCCUAUCUUCGUCAACUAUUGUGGUUCAUGCACCGAAGAGUUCAAGGUUUAUGAACGUCUUCCAGACAUUUCUGUCGUCAACCUGGUUGCCCCAAGAGUCAAGUCACACACAGAAGUGACUACUCCUUCUGAUUCGGAAGAUGACUUGGAUUCCAUCACUGUCAAUCGUCACCAGAACAGCAAAAGUGGCCAAACCAGUGUCAAAGGCGAUCAGCAACACGAAGUCAAGCUUGAGCGACCUGGCCCAGACACCGAGCCACCUCGUGGAAGGCGACCAGAGCCACGUACCCCCAAACAGUCCAUUGUUGCAUCAGAUGUCGACUUUGUACCCCCUGAAUCGCCCUACUGCCCCUCGCGGAGCACUGGUUCUUCUGGUCGUCGAGCAGAGAGGAAGUCCUCCCUACAAUUCAGUACAGGCUCCAGUCCUCACAGAGAGGAAUUUGAGACGAAGGGAAACUACCGAGCGCCCUACGUCGAAGAUUCCUCGUCGAGUCAUCAUUCCAGAGUAGCCACACCGACAUCCAGCAUUCGCUCCAAGACGAGAGAACAGAAGAUGAAGUCUAAAGGAUACGGAUCUCGCAAGAGCCCCUCACCUGAUGUCGUACUGAAGUCCGCACUGGCAGGCAGCGACCGGUCGUCCUCGGAUGGAUCUAGAAAGGCCAGAGCCGAGACAUCAGAUGAAUCGCCUCGAGUUCGUGGGAAGUCUCUGGACUCUGACCGUUCUGAUCCAAGUUCUUCCAAGUCUUCCAGCAGCAAGACAGUAAGGUUCAAACAAUCUGUCGACAUUCGUACAGCAUUGCCGCAAGAUGUGGAUGACUUCUCAGAGCCUGAAAGUCCCAGAUAUCCGCGGUCUCCAGGCUCUCCUCUGAUUUCUCGCAAGCAAUCUACCACUCGCCGUACCAAAGAAACGAGGGACCAGUACUUGCACCCUCACUACGGUCAGCGUUCGAAUUCGUCUCCAGGCUUUCACCGUGAGCACUUGCACACUCCAGAUAACUUUAUGCCUGGAACACCCUCAAAGGGGUACUCCAAAGGAGCAUUCAGCAAGGACUUUGACGGUGGCGGGCAUUGGGAUUCUUUCCAAAGCCCCGGAUAUUCUUACGCCGACCAUUACUCGGAAAGCUCUUUCCGCGGCUACUGUGACGCUGACGAGGACUACUCAGCUUCUCAACCCUACAACCAUGACCAGUACAGGGAGUCGACCGCAUCUCUUCCAUCGCGCCUUUCUACAGGGAGUGUAUUUGCCUCCUUCUUCAAGAAGGAUAAGGCGUCCUCGGUUCCUCCUAGGGACCGAGCGAGCCCAAGACCUUUUGCUCACGAUUUCAACGAGACUGCCAGAGACAAUUAG